AUGCCCAACAAUAAUACUAAUGGAUUUGGAGAUUCGGCCAAUACUGUUCAGCUAAUAGCGGCUCAGCGCGGUCGUAAAGUGUAUCGUGUUCGUGGCCAAUAUUUCGACAUCGAAGACACUUACACAAUUACUUCUGUUAUUGGACAUGGAGCCUAUGGUGUAGUCUGUGCCGCAUUAGAUGACCGUACCUUUCAGGAGAUCGCUAUUAAACACGUGAAUCAUGUGUUUGAAGAUUUGGUGGAUGGCCGACGCAUUUGGCGUGAGGUUUUACUUCUCCGUCUUUUAAAGGAAAAGGGCUGUCGCAAUGUUUUAAAUCUAAUUCGUGUUUUACCAUCAAAAACCAGCAUCACAGAGUUUAACGAUUUAUACAUGGUCACUGACCUUUAUGACGUUGAUUUUCACUCGAUUAUUAGGCAGCGCAGGCCGAUCUUACUCGACGUGCUGCGUAAGGUGACUGUGCAUGUCUUGCGUUGUUUAUCAGAUAUGCACUCCAUGGGAGUGGUUCACCGUGAUAUUAAACCUAGUAAUAUUCUGUUGAAGAUGGAUAAAGAUCUUGAGAGCGCCGUUGUGUGUGACUUUGGCCUUGCAAGGGGAGGCCUGCAUCGGCUCAAGGACCCAAGUUACUUGACUGACUACGUCGUGACGCGGUGGUAUCGGGCGCCGGAGGUGUUGCUCAUGGCGCCGUACAGUUAUCCAGUUGAUAUAUGGGCCCUGGGCUGCGUUAUGUCAGAAUAUAUCAUGCAGCGCCCGCUCUUUGAUGGUCGUGAUUAUAUUCAUCAAAUGCAGUUAGUUCUUUCCACUGUUCCCAUCACUGGAACCGACUUUAUCGAGCGUGAUUGCGAUACGACGAUCCUGCACCUAAUAGAAGUAGCGAAAAGGUAUGGAGACACUCGUCCACUAAGCAGACUAUUAGCGUCAAUUCCGAAGGACGGACUCGCUCUUGUCUCUAAAAUGCUUGCCUUUGAACCUAAUAAGCGCAUAACUGCACAGGAGGCGUUGAGGCAUCCCUUUUUAGAAUCUGUAGAGGGUUUAGACUCUGAGAAGCAUCCUUCCCCCCCUGAAGUAGACCUUGGUUUCGACAUGCACACCGAUAUAUCAGAGUGUCAACUUCGACGUGUGAUAUGGAACGAAAUUCAGCACUAUAAAGAAUAA